GUUACUGUUGUACAACAACUUUGGCGGCAGCCGUAGGAGAUUGUGUUUGGGAGGAGGAGAAGGAGGCAGCUAAAGGGAAGAUCAUUCUCUGGUGAUAAAGCACCUGAUGGAUACUGGCACGGACAGAGUUGUGGCAUUGGUGGAUAUGGACUGCUUCUACGUGCAGGUAGAGCAACGGAUCAACCCAGAGUUGAAGGCGAAGCCAUGUGUUGUAGCUCAAUACAAGACCUGGAAAGGAGGCGGGAUCAUUGCUGUCAGUUACGAAGCAAGAGCGUUUGGAGUGACCAAAAACAUGUGGGCAGAUGAUGCAAAGAAAUUGUGUCCUGACCUCCAGGUUGCCAGAGUCAGGGAGUCGCAUGGGAAAGCAGAUCUUACUUGUUACAGGGAAGCAAGCUCUGAAGUCCUUGAGGUGAUGUCGCGUUUUGCUGUCAUUGAGAGAGCCAGCAUUGAUGAAGCCUACAUGGACCUUACUGCCAGUGUAAAGCAACGACUUGACAUCCUGGUGGACAAGCCGAUUGCGAUUGAGGGCCUGAUGUCCACAUUCGUAGAGGGAUACCCUCAGGCUUCGGAGGAGGAGGAGGAGGAGGAAGAGGAGGAGAAAGUGGAAGAUGCUACUGCACCUAAAGAUGCAUUGAGGAUUCAGGGUUUGAGUCAGUGGAUGGACUCUCUGCCCCCGACCUCCCAAAGGACUAAUGCGGACCUGCAGCUGGCUGUGGGUGCGGUGAUCAUCGAGGAGAUGAGGGCCGCUGUGGAGAAGGACACUGGCUUUAGGUGCUCAGCUGGAAUAUCACACAACAAGGUCCUUGCCAAGCUUGCUUGUGGCUUAAACAAACCCAAUCGCCAAACUAUACUUCCCCUCAGCUCCGUUCCACAACUGUUCAAUGGUCUCCCCAUCAGCAAAAUUCGCCAUCUGGGAGGUAAAUUGGGCAUCUCCAUCUCUGAGACGCUAAAUGUGGACAACAUUGGAGAGCUGUCAAAGUUCCCUCUGGAGCACUUGGUAGAGAAGUUUGGGAUGAAGACUGGGCCGUGGCUUUAUAACCUCUGCAGGGGGAUAGAGUUUGAGCCAGUGAAGCCUAGACAGCUGCCUAAAUCCAUUGGUUGUAGCAAAAAUUUUCCAGGGAAGACGUCCCUUGACACCAAAGAAAAGGUGCAGUACUGGCUGCAGCAGCUGUCUUUGGAGUUGGAGGAAAGACUAACCAAAGACAGGGAUGAGAAUGGACGAAUAGCAAAGCUUUUAACUGUGGCAGUGAAACAGGCUGGAGAAACAAAAACUGGCGGUUUUUCCCGGUGCUGUACCCUAGCACGAUAUGACGCAGAGAGGAUUUCCACAGACAGCUUAGCUCUUAUUAAGAGCCUGAAUUGUGCAGGAAACCACCAACAAGCCUGGUCUCCCCCAUUCACCCUGCUGCAUCUCUCGGCUAGUAAAUUCAUGGAUGCUGCGACGUCUUUGUCUGGAGGAAUCACAGGUUUUCUGAAAUCUGAUAUUGCUCCCACGCAGCAGAAACCAUUUUUAUCCUCCCAAGUACCCAAUGGCUCAACAACACAACAACCCGGAAAAAGACCAGGAGAGAUAAUGUCCUUUUUUCAAAAUGCCUCCAAAAGGACUCGGCAGUGUCAUGCUGAACCUCCAGAGGGCGCUGCUUCAACUGAGCUGAAUAACCAGCAUGAGAAGGGAGAGGACAAAAAACCAGGAGAGAUCAUGUCCUUCUUUCAAAGUGCCUCCAAAAGGAUUCGGCAGGGUCAUGCUGAACCUCCAGAGGACACUGCAACGGAACUCAAUGACCAGCAUGAGAAGGGAGAGGACAAAAAAACAGGAGAGAUCAUGUCCUUCUUUCAAAAUGCCUCCAAAAGGAUUCGGCAGGGUCAUGCUGAACGUCCAGAGGACACUGCAACGGAACUCAAUGACCAGCAUGAGAAGGGAGAGGACAAAAGUGAAGACGGUGAAGACGACAGAAUUGACUCGCAUAGCACAAUUGCAGAGCAAGUAGUACAAACGGUACUACCCUUGAAGACACAGGACUGUAGUCCCACAACAAUUCAGACUGAUGGAAGCACGCACACAAUUAUCCCAGAUGAUCCUUGUAGUUCUGCAACAAGUCAGGCAGAUGCAACAAUACACACAAUUACCCAUGGUGGCCCUUGUGCGUCUUCAGAACGUUCGCCUGCGUUCACCUUUGCCCCAGAGGACUAUAUUCGGUGUGACAGCUGUGGACAGGAGGUGUUGGCCUGGGAGAUGCCUGAGCACACCGAUUAUCAUUUUGCACAGGAUUUGCAGACUUCCUGGUCAUCCAGUUUGCCUUCUUCCAGUCAGGUUCCAGCGAAUAUAUCAAAAGCGAAUACGUCAGAUGGCAAUUCCCAGUGUAAGACCGUUCAGGCCUCGCGCCGUAAGUCUGCCACCAGUCGUACUCCAGCCAAAAUGAAAAAGCCAGCGGGCAAGGGUGUUUCUAUUGAUCACUUCUUCAAAAAGAGUUAAACGUCAUCAUUACAUUACACUUACCUGACGCGUUUAUUCAAAACGACCAGUCUAUGGAGCAGUGUGGGGUUCGGUGCCUUGCUCAAGGGUUCUUCCGCCAUGUAGUGUGGUAGGGAGUGGAAGGGUGGGAUUUGAACCUGCAACCCUCUGACAUACGGCCCAUCUCCUUAACCAUUAAGCCACGGCUGCCCCAUGUCUUCAUCCAACAGGCAUGCAUGAAAUCCUCGAAUCUCAGGGAACUGGUCAUGCAGGUCCUCUCAACUGUAAAGGCUGUGCUUGAUUUGAGAUGAUGUAAUUUUACAGCAAUUGUUUGUUUUUAACUGUAAUUUUCAAAGCAGCUGUUCAAUUUUAUGUUGUUCUUAUAUCAUAAACAAAGAAUGUAAAUCAUUAAAGUAAGUUAAAAAAAUUAAAAAAAAAACCACCCAUCAUCAUGACUAAGGACUUGUGGCCACAACAGUACCUACAGUGAGAAUGAUAAAUAUUUGAUCCCUUGCUGAUUUUGUUGGGUUUCGUACUAAUAAAGACAUGAUCAGUCUAUUAUUUCAA